GUCCUAUAAGGAGCAUUGGUGGCAAAUCUGAUGGCCGACUGGUAAAGGAGGUCUAGCCGCUCGAGCACUCUUACCUGCCGAUCUAUAAAUUACAUCUCCGUAAUCUAGCAUGGGUAGAAUGGUCAUCUAAAUCAGGGUUAGUUUGGUAGCUGGGGUGAAAAAGGAGCGAUUACGAUAGAGGAAAUAAAGUCUAGAUUUAAAUUUAACCUACAGCUUUGAUAUGUGCUGAGAGAAGGACAGUGCACCGUCUAGCCAUACUCCCAAGUACUUCUAUGAGGUGACCUCAUACAAGACCUCUAAACCCUCAGAGGAAGUAAUCACACCAGUGGGGAAAGUGGCAUUAUUCUUACCAAACGACAUUACCUUUAUUUUGGAGGUGUUCGGAACAAGGUUAAGGGGCAGAGAUAGCUUGUUGGACACUAAGAAAGCUUUGUUGUAGAGUGUUUAACACAAAAUCCGGGGAGGGGCCAGCGGAGUAUAAGGCUGUAUCAUCCACAUAUAAAUGGGGGAGAGAGAGCUUCCUACUUCCUGAGCUAUGUUGUUGAUGUAAACUGAGAAGAGCGUGGGGCCAAGGAUCGAGCUUUGUUGUACACCCUUGGUGACAGGCAGUGGCUGAGAAAGCAGAUGUCCUGACUUUAUACACUUCACUCUUUGAGAGAGGUAGUUAGCAAACCAGGCCAAAGACCCCUCCCCAGCCAAGCAUACGCCUGUUGUAUUCAGAGCAUGUGAUAAAUGAAAUUUGAUUUUGAUCCUUAGAAACAACCACACAGAGGAAAGAAAGGCAAACCAACGAUGUAAUGUAAUGAUGCAAAACAUAAAGAAACUAACGCUAAGGGGAUAGACUGUUGAUAUUCUUCAGUUUGCUGCCAUUUUUUCUGGUUUCACAUUUGUCUUCAGUGAUCAUAAGGUAAAAUGUAUCUAAAACAAUUGUAAUUUAUAUUUACAAUACCUUUUUUCAAAGGUUUACUCAUUUGCCUAGCUCUAUCAAUAGCUAUUCUCUAUUUGUAAAUUACAGUGCAUGGAUAAUGGUGUUAUUUCAUUGGAAAAAAUAAAUAUGUUGUUCCACUUGCAACCAACAGUUUGCUAGACCUUAUUGAACGUUUCAUCUCACAUAAAGAUAGUGGAAUUAUGAUAGAAAUAAAUCAAGUCAGAAUACAACAUUUCUGUAGACACACCUCCACCACACCUCCAUUUCUAUGAUCUCCACCCGCAACGAGUAGCAGGUGAAUGGCAUGUUAUUCUCAUGUUAAAAUUCAUGGUCAGAAUAGGAGUAGAGAGAAGUGCACAAAAAGGGAAUUACGUUCAAUUUACGCACGUUUAACUCGGGUCAGAAUUCCCCCCAUGUGCUCCCUUGACUCGCUUUGGAAUUUAUCACGUGACCGUACUGUUCGUUUCAGACCUGGACAAAGCAGUCACAUGAGCGUCGUACUUCCCGUUUGUAUCAGCUGAGAAAACGUCAAUGAUAUAUCCAAACAACUGCAAUUUGUCUCACUGUUUUUUGUUGUUGUUUAAUGUGACAAUAUGGGGGUCGUGUCCAAUCUUCUAUUUGGGCUGCUGUCCAACGUGCUGCUGAUUUACGCGGCGCCACUUUCACCUGUAACUAGCAUUCACCUGCCAAGCAUAGGGAGAUUCUGGCACAUCUCUGAUCUGCAUUUGGACCCCACGUACCAUGUGACUGGUGACCACACCAAAGUGUGUUUCUCCUCUAAGGGUGUCCCAGCCUCAAACCCUGGUCUGUUUGGAGAUUUCAUGUGUGAUUCUCCCUACCAGCUCAUCCUGUCAGCCUUUCAGCACAUGAAACAAGUGGCCCCACAGCCAGAGUUUAUGAUCUGGACAGGAGACAGCCCUCCACAUGUCCCUGCAGGGGAGCUGUCCACAGACAUGGUAAUCCAAGUCAUCAGCAACAUGACUCAAACCAUCAGGGAGUUCUUUCCAGACAUGCUAGUGUACCCCGCCCUUGGGAAUCAUGACUACUGGCCACAGGAUCAACUUCCGACGUCCACUAAUGAUAUUUACCAGGCUGCAGCCAAACUGUGGGAGCCUUGGUUAAAGCCAGAAGCCCUUGUAACUCUCAGAGAAGGUGGAUUUUACUCUCAGAUGGUGCAGCCCAAGCUGCGACUGAUAAGCCUGAACACUAUCCUAUACUAUAGCCCUAAUAAAGUGACAGUGAAUAUGAGUGACCCGGCUGGACAGUUCCGGUGGCUGCAGGACACCCUGGAAGCAUCUGCUCAGAGCAUGGAGAAGGUCAUUGUAAUUGCUCAUGUUCCAGUGGGUUACUUGCCCUUUGCCAGGAACACCACCGCCGUCAGAGAAGCCUACAAUGAGAGACUUGUGAAGAUCUUUCGUGACUACAGUGACAUCAUCUCAGGGCAUUUCUAUGGCCACACUCACAGAGACAGCAUAAUGGUCUUGCAGGACCAACAAGGGGAACCGGUUAAUUCCCUGUUUGUCACACCGGCUGUUACUCCAAUCAAGAGUGCAGAAGAGCCAUACUCCAACAACCCAGCCUUCCGCAUGUACCACUAUGACCCGCAGGACUACAGACUGCUGGAUAUUUGGCAGUACUACUUGAAUCUCACCGAAGCCAACCAAGAAAAAAGAUCUGACUGGAAACUUGAAUAUGUAAUGACUGAAGCGUUUGGAUUAAAGGACAUUCAACCACAUAGCCUGUUUAAACUUGUCUUGAGUUUUGAAAUGCAGCAAAGCAAAGCAUUUCAGAAGUAUUUUAGCCAUUUUAUGGUGAGCUAUGAUGAUACCAUUGUGUGUGAUGGGGCCUGCAAGCUGACUCAGGUCUGUGCGGUGCAGUCCUUAGACCGUGCCUCCUAUUCCAAAUGUAUUGAAAAGGGACAUUAAAACAAUUAUCUUCUUUUUUUUUUGUGUGAGUUAAUCUUAAAAUUCAGGGAUUUUAUACGUGUAGAGAUAUUUCUUAUGUUUUCACAUGACCAUGAAAUGUAAAUGUAUUUUUUGUAAUACUCUCAAUUGAAUAAUUACAAAUCAAAUCAAAGUUUAUUUGUCACGUGCACCAAAUACAACAGCUGUAGACCUUACAGUGAAAUGCUUACUUACAGGCUCCAACCAAUAGUGCAAAAAAGGUGUUAGGUGAACAAUAGGUAAGUAAAGAAAUAAAACAACAGUAAAAAGACAGGCUGUAUACAGUAGCGAGGCUAUAAAAGUAGAGAGGCUACAUACAGACACCAGUUAGUCAGGCUGAUUGAGGAGGUAUGUACAUGUAGAUAUGGUUAACGUGAUUAUGCAUAUAUGAUGAACAGAGAGUAGCAGUAGCGUAAAAGAGGGGGUGGUGGGUGGUGAGACACAAUGCAAAUAGUCCGGGUAGCCAUUUGAUUACCUGUUCAGGAGUCAUAUGGCUUGGGGGUAAAAACAGUUGAGAAGCCUUUUGUCCUAGACUUGGCACUCCUGUACCGCUUGCCAUGUGGUAGUAGAGAGAACAGUCUAUGGCUGGAGUCUGACAAUUUUGAAGCAAAUCUGAGGUUGAAAUAUCUAUAUGAUACCUUGAAAUGUUGAUGAUUAUAUAAUUGCAAAAGGCCAGAUAUUUUGACAAACUUUCUCUCUGUGAAAUGUUAUAAUCAAAGGGAAAUAAACAACUAACCCCUA